AUGGCAUCUGAGGUUGAUGCUGCCAAGCCUAAUGCCGCUACGGUCAAGGCGCUAGCCGAUCUGUCGCGCGAAAAGAUGGAGCAGUUCAAGGAGAAGGCGGAGCGCCGAGGAGUGGUGUACAUAGCGCGUGUGCCACCCUUUAUGAAGCCGGAGAAAUUGCGCCACUUGCUGGGUAAGUACGGCGAGCUGAAUCGCAUCUACCUGGUACCGGAAGACAAGGCGCUGCACAAGAAACGCGUGAGUAGCGGCGGUAAUCGCCGGCAAAAAUACACGGAGGGAUGGAUCGAGUUUGAGAACAAGAAGGUGGCCAAACGUGUGGCGAAGAUGCUCAACACGACGCAGAUCGGUGGACGCAAGCGCGACUACUACCACGACGAUAUGUGGAAUCUCAAGUACCUCAAGGGCUUUAAAUGGGACCACUUGACCGAGAAGAUAGCGUAUGAGAAUCGUAUCCGCGAUCAGAAAUUGCGCAUGGAGAUUGCACAGGCGAAGAAGGAGAAUGAGGCUUACUUGGAGCGCGUGGAACAGUCCAAGCAGUUCGAGAAGAUGGAGGCACGCAAGGCCGACAAGAAGCAAGAUGGACAUGCAGCAAAAGAUGCUAUGCAGCACAUACGUCGCACAUUCCACCAGAAAGCUCCUGCAAGCAGCAAACAGAACCUGUCCCUUGGAGAUGGAGAACUCGAGAAGGUCUUUGUCGCCAGCAGCAAGAACAAGAAACGCCGGGUGGAGUAA